AUGUCUCAGUACUCAGACGACGAUUAUUCACAUGAAGAUGACUCGGAGAUGGAGGAUGAGGACGAAGAAGACGAAUAUGAACCCAGAAGUAGCCGCAAAGGAAGAUCAGGGAAGAAAAGGGGAAGAUCAAAUUCAGAUUCCGAUGGUCGGCGAGGGAGUAAAAAGAAGUCUUCGGGCUCCGCCUUCAUUGACUGGGAGGUUGAGGUAGAUGACGACGUCGAAGACGACGAUGAUGAUGUGGACGUUGAAGACGGUAAGCAACAGUUGAAAUUUGGGGAUUUUUCUCUUUGUUUCAUUGUAAGUGGUGAAGCUGACCUUCCUAAUGAGGAUUCUGAUCAUCGUAGGCAAUAUUACCAACGGGGGUUUCAUCCUCAUGAAGAAGAUGUCGACGAGUUGGAAAAGAGAACUUUGGAAAGAUUGUCUACGAAAUAUGCAAAGGAUGAUUAUGAGCUUGAUGAUGUUAACGACGUUGAUCAACAAGCGCUUUUGCCAUCAGUCCGUGACCCUAAACUGUGGCUGGUGAAAUGUGCGAUUGGACGUGAAAGAGAAGUUGCUGUUUGUCUUAUGCAAAAAAUCGUAGAUAGAGGAUCAGAGUUCAAGAUUAGAUCUGCUAUUGCUCUUGAUCAUCUUCAAAACUAUGUAUAUAUUGAAGCGGAUAUGGAAGCUCAUGUGAAAGAGGCUAUCAAGGGCAUGCGGAAUAUUUAUGCUAAUCAGAAGAUUUUGCUUGUCCCCAUAAAAGAAAUGACUGCUGUUCUUUCUGUCGAGAGUAAAGCAAUCGAUUUAUCCCGUGACUCGUGGGUUAGAAUGAAACUUGGGAUAUAUAAGGGUGAUCUAGCUCAGGUGGUUGAUGUUGAUAAUGUACGUAAGAGGGUCACAGUCAAGUUGAUCCCAAGAAUUGAUCUGCAGGCUCUAGCCAAUAAGCUGGAAGGAACAGAGAAUGUCAAGAAGAAAGCUUUUGCUCCACCUCCACGUUUCAUGAACAUUGAUGAGGCAAGGGAACUUCACAUACGUGUUGAGCACCGGCGUGAUCCAAUGACGGGUGACUACUUUGAGAAUAUCGGUGGAAUGCUUUUCAAAGAUGGUUUUCUUUACAAGAAAGUAUCGACGAAGUCCAUUGCUGCUCAGAAUGUAACACCAACCUUCGAUGAACUUGAAAGAUUCAAGAGACCAAAUGAAAAUGGGGAGAUCGACUUCGUUGAUGAGUCGACUUUAUUUGCAAAUAGAAAGAAGGGUCAUUUCAUGAAAGGUGAUGCGGUUAUUGUGAUCAAGGGGGAUCUUAAAAACUUGAAGGGCUGGAUUGAGAAAGUAGAUGAAGAGAAUGUCCUUAUCAGAUCAGAGAUGAAAGAUCUUCCUAAUCCUAUUGCGGUUAAUGGGAGAGAGCUUUGUAAAUACUUUGAACCUGGAAAUUUUGUGAAGGUUGUGUCUGGCAUCCAUGAAGGAGGAACUGGCAUGAUUGUCAAAGUUGAUCAGCAUAUGCUUAUCAUUCUGUCUGAUACAACCAAAGAACAUAUUUGCGUCUUCGCUGAUCAUGUUGCCAAGAGUGCAGAAGUGACUAAAGGUGUCACAAAAAUUGGGGACUAUGAACUUCAUGAUCUUGUGAUUCUAAGUGACUUUAGCUUUGGAGUAAUCCUAAAACUUGAUAGUGAAGCUAUCCAGAUUCUUAAAGGGGUUCCUGACAGCUCAGAGGUCUCUAUUGUCAAAGCCAGCGAAAUAAAAUACAAAAUUUGGAAGAAAAUCAAUGUGCAAGACCGUUACAAAAAUGUCGUCGCGGUGAAAGAUGUUGUCAGGGUCAUUGAGGGUCCUAGCAAAGGUAAACAAGGUCCAGUGGUGCAAAUCUACAAAGGAGUGUUGUUUAUACAUGACCGGCAUAACCUUGAACACACUGGAUUUAUCUGCACUAGAUGCUCAUCUUGUGUUCUUGCUGGUGGCAAUUUCAAGACACCAGCCCUGGUUCCUCCAUCUCCAAGGAGAUUCCAACGGGCAGACAUGGGAUAUAACCCUGGAGCUGGAGGGAGACAUCAGGGUGGACGAGGGAGAAGGGGUGACGAUCAUUUGGUAGGUACUUAUGUCAAAAUUCGUCUGGGGCCUUUCAAGGGAUAUAGUGGGCGUUUAGUUGAAGUCAAAGAUAAGCUAGUGCGUGUGGAACUUGAGGCCAAGAUUGUGACAGUUGAGCGGAAGGCGAUAUCAGAUAUGACUGAUAAUGUAGUCGCAACCCCGCAGUAUAAUAUGGGAAGCCAAACUCCUAUGCAUCCUUCCCGGACUCCACUUCAUCCCUGUAUGACUCCAAUGCGGCAUUCUGGAGCUACACCUAUCCAUGAUGGAAUGAGGACACCUAUGCGUGGUAGAGCUUGGAAUCCUUACAUGCCUAUGAGUCCUCCUAGGGAUAACUGGGAAGAUGGGAACCCGGGAUCAUGGGGAACAAGUCCAUAUGAAGCAGCUACGCCUGGAUCAGAUUGGGGUAGUAGUACUCCUGGUCGUAGUAGUUACAGAGAUGCCGGAACACCAAUAAACAAUGCUAAUGCCCCAAGUCCUAUGACACCAAGCUCAACUUCCUACUUACCUACCACACCCGGAGGACAAGCAAUGACUCCUGGAACCGAUCUCGAUGUCAUGUCUCUUGAUAUAGGUGGAGAUGCAGAAACCAGGUUCAUACCCGGUAUAUUGGUCAAUGUACACAAAGCUGGAGAGGAUAGAAAUCCCGGUGUUAUUCGAGAUGUUCUUCCGGAUGGCUCCUGUGUAGUCGCACUUGGACACAGAGGUGAAGGCGAGACGAUAAGAGCGACACAGAACAAAGUGAGCCUAGUUUGUCCGAAGAAGAACGAACGUGUGAAGAUUCUUGGAGGCAAGUAUUGUGGUUCAACAGCUAAGGUCAUUGGUGAGGACGGUCAGGACGGUAUAGUUAAGCUAGAUGAAAGUCUCGAUAUCAAGAUAUUGAAGCUGACUAUAUUAGCCAAGUUAGUUCAUGAGUGA